CGAGGAACGAUUAUCGGAAGAGACUGAUUAGUGGCCACAAUUGGUGUAGGUUUUUUUCCAGAAUUUGUACUCUGUUCGGACGAUAACGAGGUAAAACCGGAGUCUGUUCGUGGGGCUGGUAUCAUCGUGUUAAGUUUGUCAGUUAUCGAGGCUCGUGGCUACCAUGAAUAUCACCGAGUUGGACUUCUUGGAGCUCGACGAGGUUGCUUCUGAAAAGAGUGGGGGAAAAAUCCUUUUCGCUACCGAUGAUUGGUUUGCGGCGGCUGAAAAUCUUCUGAAGGAUGGGGAACCGGAAUGGAAAGAAGAUGUAUUCACGGAAUUUGGGAAAUGGAUGGAUGGAUGGGAAACACGAAGAAAACGAUGUGCAGGCCAUGAUUGGGCAAUCAUUGGUCUGAAUCAACCUUCAAUCAUCCGCGGAUUUUGCGCAGACACUGCGUAUUUCACCGGAAAUUAUGCACCGAGAAUUUCUAUUCAAGCUGCACGACUUAAUGAAAAUGACAUUAAACUAUUCCCAAAACGAUGCAGAAAAGUUGGAAGUGCUGCCACAGCCCAAGAAUUCAAAGAAGUCUCACGGUUAAAGACAGAGAACUGGGAGACAAUCGUUCCAAUGACGGAGCUAGGUUCCGGGUACCCAGAAACACGUCACAAUUACAUUACAUCGACUUCAACUUCAACCUGGACCCAUUUGCGACUGAAUCUUUUCCCCGAUGGUGGAAUAGCUAGAUUGCGAGUCUAUGGUACUAUUUGCUGUAAUCCGCUUAAUCCAGAUGCCCUAACAGAUCUUGUUGCCCAAGAAAAUGGUGGUACCUGCAUAGACUACAGUAACGCUCAUUAUGGUCAUCCUAAGAAUAUAAUUAGAUGUGGAAAAGGUGUCAACAUGGCUGAUGGCUGGGAAACUGCAAGGAGACUCGACAGACCUCCAAUCAUCGAGGUCGAUAAUUCUGGAAUUCUUCAGGUUCCUGGCAAUGAGUGGGCUGUCUUCAAGCUUGCCCAUGUUGGCCUUAUAGAUUCAAUCAUUAUCGAUACUACACACUUCAAAGGAAAUUUCCCAGACAAUGCCGUGUUUUUUUUUUAAUAAGAAGAGAACAAAAAGAUCACGUGAAAGAAACUGUAAGAAUUUAUUACUCAAGAUAUUAUCUGAGUCUGAAGAUCUAUCCCUGACUUUUAAUUUAUUUUAUCCAUCUGAACGAAUGUUAUCGCAUUAAUAUUUUGAUAUUUCUUGACGAAUUUUGUUUAUAAAUCUCGUUUAUAAUUGGUUCAUUGAUUUUUUAUAAUUAUUCACUAAUUCUUCAUAUAUCUACAGUUAUCAGCUGAUAAGUCUCACGUUUACUCAUCUGAUGUUCUGGACUGGAAUGGCCCAGUGAGCCACGUGCGAUUAACAAUUGCCCCGGACGGUGGCAUUUCAAGAUAUCGCAUUUUUGGAUACGCUCACUCCUAGUUGUUAUAUUUUCUUCAUUAUAACCAUCAAAAUAUCUCCAUUCAUUCAUAAGGUACAUUAUUAUUCCUGGAAUAACAAGAGAUUAUUCAUAACCCAAUCGCUUAUAAAAACAUUAUCAAAUACCUACAUCUAUUUAUGCAAGAUUUAUUGUCUCUCCACUAUCGUGGAAUAUCUUAAAGUUAUAGAUUGUUUACAACAAUAAACCAAUAAAAACAUAAGACCAUCAAUUAUAAAA